AUGCCAAAGACUCAGAUCAAAUUAUCAGAUUACUUGUCCGGAGAACAGUGGAAGGAAGUAUUGGAAUUAGUUGAAAUAGAAGAAUCGAAUCCCAGAACAUGGCAAGCUGAAUGGUGUACACGACACCAUCUGGUCUUACAGAUAUACGAUGAAGAUUGGAAUAUCGUAGCUGAAAAGAAGCUAACUAUCACGUCGAGACUGCAAGAAUAUAUAGAUCAGAUGAAUCUGGCUGUAUAUAAAGAUCAAGUGGAUUUCUUGGAAUCUGCGGGCGAAGCACUUAGAAAGCGAGAAGGAGAUAAACUGCAUUCUGCUUUGAUGGAAGCGAGGAGAUCAAGAGACAAGACAUCAUCAUAA